UACAACACAAUCUAAAUAGAGUUAGCCACGAAAAGACAGGUAGAAACCACCUGACCAAUAUUGAAUCAAACCGUUCAAUAUUUGACGGUCACGAGCAUUUGCAUUUGUUCCUCACUUGCUCUUCGUCACUACCACUUUGCUUUCUUUUCGUUUCGUCCUCUUUCUUUGUCCAGAUCAACAAAUAUUAUACUACUCUUCUUGUUUUUGCUUAUAACAAUAAAAUCUCACUCCGCCGGAAAACCGCUUUCCGCUUUUGAAGGAAACCGGUUUUCCGUCGUCAACCAAAGGAUCAGCUGACGGAACAGAAUUUUAUUUACUCCUGUUUCGGCAGGGGCUGAUCUAGGAGUGAUUUUAGCAUUAGUCUUUGGCUCCUAAUAUCUAGCUGGAAUCAAGUGAUUUGACCAUCAUCAAGCUAUAUUUCGAGAAAUGCUGUUUAUCUGAAAUUUUUUGUUUGAUCUUUGUGCUCCUGGAGAUUAGGGUGAAGUGGGUUUUGAUGAGAUUAAAUUGAGACUGUUGAGACACCAAUGAUUCUGUUACUCCUGUAACAACAUCGUUUGAUUCAUUACUUGAGAUUGCAGAGUUGAAAUACUGAUCUUUUAUGAUGUAUAUAGAGAUAAGGAUGGGAUUAAAAUUCAAACAGAUCCUGUUAUUUUUGCUGUUUGUUGUAGUGUUUAGUGGGAAUGUUAUGGGAGAGUCAGAAAAAGAAAUUCCACAACAGUUAAAAGCCCCUGCGUUGAGGAAUAUAGGAGGAAGUGUUUUAGAUGGCACCAAUACAACAGAUGCCUAUCCUUCUCAUAGCACUAUAAAUGGACCAGGUGAAUGGAUGGGUGGGAAUAGCAAAGUUUCAGCAUCCACAGUUGCAUUUUUCACACUGGCAAUGGCUGCUGCUACUGGUUUAGGUGCAGUGCCAUUCUUUUUCGUGGAGCUUGAUCCCCAGUGGGCUGGAAUAUGCAAUGGAAUGGCUGCUGGGGUGAUGUUAGCAGCAAGCUUUGACUUGAUACAGGAAGGACAGGACCAUGGUAGUGGUAAUUGGGUUGUGAUUGGGAUUUUGACGGGUGGCAUUUUCAUUUGGCUUUGUAAGAAGUUUCUUGAGCAAUAUGGUGAAGUAAGUAUGUUGGACAUAAAAGGAGCAGAUGCAGCUAAAGUCAUUCUUGUUGUUGGCAUCAUGACUCUUCAUUCAUUUGGAGAGGGGUCUGGUGUUGGAGUAUCCUUUGCUGGCUCAAAAGGUUUAUCCCAGGGAAUUUUGGUAACUUUGGCCAUUGCUGUACACAACAUACCAGAGGGCUUAGCUGUGAGUAUGGUGCUUGCAACAAGGGGUGUUUCUCCACAAAAGGCAAUGUUAUGGAGUGUAAUUACAUCAUUGCCUCAGCCUAUAGUAGCAGUCCCUUCAUUCAUAUGUGCAGAUGCAUUUAACAAGUUCCUGCCAUUUUGUACGGGCUUUGCUGCUGGGUGCAUGAUCUGGAUGGUGAUUGCAGAGGUCCUUCCAGAUGGAUUCAAGGAAGCCUCUCCAGCUCAUGUUGCAUCGGCCGCUACGCUUUCAGUUGCAUUUAUGGAAGCUCUCGGUGUUGUAUUUCAAAAUUUCAGUCAUAAUUAUGGCUUGGAGGAUGUUUCUGGCUUCUUUGUUUCACUGCUUUUUGGUCUUGGGCCAUUGCUUGGUGGCAUUGUUCUUGUUGCAUUUGCUCUUGCUUUCCGUCUUCAGCAUGCUCUUCUGAGUGGUGUAGCCUCUGGCAUUGCCUUUGUCCUUGGUGCCUGGCGACCAUUACAGCUACUUGUGUCUUCAAAGAUGGGAUUUUUCCCCCUGGUUGUGCUGCUUGCCAUGGGAUCUGCAUUUGUCCACAUUUCAACUUCCAGUGCUUUGAGGCUUGCAAUCCGCAAAAAGACUUCAGCGGAUACCUUAUCUGCAGUAACAGGCUUUCCAAUGAGUGCCCUCACACUUCAGUCAUUCUUGUCAUGUGUGGCAGUUGCCCUCCAUGCUCUGGCUGAGGGACUUGCAUUAGGAGUGGCUGCACCUAAAGCUUAUGGUCUUGGUCGACACAUGGUCCUUCCAGUCUCGUUGCAUGGUCUCCCAAGGGGUGCUGCUGUAGCUAGCUGCAUCUUUGGCGCAACUGAUAGCUGGCAGGGGUCCCUUGCAGCCUCUGCGCUAAUUGGGUUUGUGGGCCCGUUAUCUGCAAUUGGAGCGAUACUCGCAAGAAUUGACUAUAGUGGCCUGGACCAUCUGAUGGUGUUUGCAUGUGGGGGAUUACUCCCAUGUUUUGGCCACAUAGUUGGGAGAGCAGUGAAAUUGGACACAAAGAAGAGCAGUUUUGGGCUGAUUACAGGCAUUGGAAUCGCCAGCGUCUGCCUAACAUGCACUAAGUUGGUUUGCUUGCACACGCCUUACUGCAACUCUGCACCAGAAGCUGUCAGAUGAUGAUGAUGUCGGAGCUCAUGCACGAUGUAACUGCACAGAUGUGAACUCACUUGGGCCCAGCCAUGCUGCAUACAAGUUAAGGUACAAAAAUGGAAUAGAGGAUGUUGUAAUGCUUGUAGACUAGAGUUUGGGGAGAGUAGGAUAAAGGAAAGAAUUAUAGAGGAUAAUAUCUCACUGUGCAAGGAGAGAAGGAAAAUAAUAUAUUGCUUGCACAUUCCCUAUGUAUUUCUUUACCUUAAAAUGAUAGGUGAGCCCUUUCAUU